AUGAGUAACUCAAGCUAUCAGUCUUCAUUUGACGAAGAAGACCAGAACCAACAAAGUACCGAUCUCGCUAAUACCAUCUUGACAACGAUCUAUAUAAUAUUUACGAUUCUGGGUAUCGUCGGUAACGGACUUGUCCUCUUCGUCAUCGCGCGCAUCAAAGAUCUCCAAGACGUCACCAACCUUUUCAUCGCUAACCAAUCCCUUAUCGACUUUAUGACGUCCUGUAAGGUCGAAGACGAAAAAUGUUUGGGUUUCUUGUGGCCUGACGAGGUAACAAAGAUAGGAAUCGUCCUGACAACCUACUUCUUAGAAUUCCUCCUACCCGUUUGCACCAUGGUUUAUGUCUACGCUAGAAUCUUGCUCGAGCUCCGUCGAAGUAGCAAACAGUUUUCCCUACCUUCAAGCGCAUCGUCGGCCUCGGCAGUGACUAAAACAAAAGACUUAGGACGCAUAGCUACAGACUAUCGCAGUACUGCUCGUAAGAACAUCAUCAAAACACUUGCAACAGUUUCUAUCUGCUUCGUAAUCUGCAUGUCUCUUAAUCAACACAUCUACCUAGCCUAUGGCUUUGGUGUGUAUUUGAACUUUGGAGGGCCAAUGUACAUCACAUCUGUAGUGAUGGCGUUUGGGAAUAUUUGGAUCAACCCACUAAUCUAUACCUUUCAAUAUGAACGAUUCCAAAAAGGUGUCAAGAAGGUCUUCUGUCGUGCUCAGCCGCAGCCUUUCAAUGUGAAUUCUGUGAGUAAAUCACUAUAG